UCUCUGUUGUUGCCAAUGUAACAAUUUGGUCAAUACCACGACAACUGACAGGUCGUCUUCGGCGUUCAAUCUUCAGAAGACCUUUAGAUCUUUGAUUGCACGAAGCGACUGUCUUGACUGCUUGUUUCCUGAAGAGUUUUCAACAUCCUGUUAGUUCUUUCCUUUGGGGUCUCCAUUCACCACAGUACUACUUAACCUCUGAUUUUAAUACAAUUUGAGCCAUGGCAAGCGAAGUAGAAGAAACUCUCAAGAGAAUCCAGGCUCACAAAGGUGUUGUUGGCACAAUUGUCGUCAAUGCUGAAGGUAUUCCGAUUAAAACUACAUUAGACAACACCACUACUGUUCAGUAUGCUGGCUUGAUUGGACAACUGUCUGACAAGGCACGCAGCGUUGUGAGAGAUUUGGACCCCACCAAUGAUUUGACAUUCCUGCGUAUACGCACUAAAAAACAUGAAAUCAUGGUUGCACCAGACCGAGAGUUCAUUCUAAUAGUAAUACAAAAUCCCAUGGACUGAUGACGCCUACUGCACUUCAAAACCUUCCAUGUGCAUUCAUCAUAAUCUCUGUACUGUGAUGAUCAAGAUAUUAUCUGUGUGCUUAUCCAAAUUUUUGUGAGGGUAAAAAUGUAAAAAAUCCUUUUUAUAAUUUAAUUAUGCUUUUACUACAUGUUCUGUUUGAACUUAAAUAUGUACUAAUAUUUAAUCGGAAUGGAAUGUGGGGUCAGGCCCCUUUUUCCAGUCAAUAAA